AUGAGAGCCUCAGGCGGACAGGAACCAUGGGGUCUUCGAUGGAGAUCAUCGACGUAUUUCAUCGUCGCGACGAUGGCAGUCGCCAUGCUCACCGAUAUGUAUCUGUACGGAUUCCUGGUUCCGAUUCUUCCAUUCGUGCUGGAACAUCGACUGGGCCUUGACGCGUCGCUCACGCAGCGCAUAAGUACAGCACUGCUAUCCCAGAGCGCGCUCGUUAUGGUCGUGGCAAGUCCCCUGAUCGGGUCUCAUGCGGAUCGCUCGGGCGCGAAACGUGGCUGGCUGUUAUUUGGACUCGCGGGCGCAUUGCUGGGCUCUUUAAUCGUCGCUCUAGCGACUUCGCUGUUUGUUCUCUUCACCGGGCGUCUUAUACAGUCGGUUGCGAGUACCGGACUGUGGGUGGUAGGCUUUGCUACGUUGGCGGAUAACGUUCCCGCCGACGAGCUGGGCAAAAUGUACGGGUUUGUGACUGUGGCCAUUGGGGUAGGAACAUCGGGCGGACCACUUGUGGCUGGUGUUCUGUUUGACGUUGGCGGGUAUUGGGUGGCGUGGUCGAGUGUUCUUUUCAUUAUUGUGUUUGAUGUUAUUCUGCGAUGUCUGAUGCUGGAGCGACCGCGGAACAAGGGUGAGACUGUUCGCGCGGAGCCCGACGGGCUAGAACCAGAUCCAGAGACGGAGGCCCUUUUGGCAUCGGGUAAUCCAGAACAACAGGUAAGCACCGGUGGGGGUGUCUCGGAGAAGACGGGUAUAGGGUUUUAUUUAUGCCUGUGUCAGAACGGACGGUUUGUUGGUGGGGUGGUUAGUUAUUUUUGUUAUGCGGUUUUAACUGCCAGCUUCGACACGACUCUUCCUCUCCAUGUGCGUGAUGCUUUUCACUGGGGAAGCCUCCCCGCGGGCCUGUUAUUCGCUGCUUUCCAGGGCCCCGCGGUGUUUUUUAGCGUUCCUGUCGGAUGGCUGAAGGAUCGAGUGGGGACUCGGCAUCCGACCACGAUAGGCUUCGCUCUUUUGGUACCGUUGAUGUGGCUGAUCGGUGUUCCUGGGGAUGAACGGUUUCCCUGGGCUUGCCAAGAGAAGUAUGGUUCGAUCAUAUACAGCGCGGCAGUCACGGGUGUUGGAAUUGUGAUAUGUUUACUUAAUGGGGUUGGGAUGAUGGAAGCGACACAAGCUGUUGAUGAGAUCCAGGCAGAGACUCCUGGAAUCUUUGGCCCAAAUGGUGGAUAUUCACGGGCGAUAUCAAUCUCCAGUAUUAGUUGGACACUAGGAAUGUUUGUUGGGCCUAUUUUUUCCGGCUAUGGCACGGAACAAUUCGGAUACUAUGGGAUGAAUUGUGUAUUGGGUUCGUAUAGCCCCUGUCUGAAUUUCUUCAUGUUCUGCAACGCUAAUGCUAAUGCAGCGGGGAUGUGCGGACUUUGUUCAUUCACCGCUUUCCGGAAUUUAAAAUCGUCUGUGCCUCAACGGUGA